AUGCAGUGCCACGCGGACGACACGCAAGCAGGGGACGGGCCGGAGGCAGAGCAGGACGAAGCCCCUCUGCUUGCUCAGCAGCCCUCCUGCCACACAGGGCCCUGCUCCGCUCGCUGUGGCCUGGCCCUGGUCCUGCACGUCUCUCUCUUCGUGGCGUACGUGCUCCGGGUCAGCCUCAGCAUUGCCAUCGUCGCCAUGACUAACAGCAGCCAACAGCAGCCAUCCCCACGGCUGGCCCCCGUGUACAACUGGAGCGCUGAGACUCAAGGGAUCAUCCUCAGCUCCUUCUUCUACGGCUACAGCCUCACGCAGGUGCUGGGCGGGUACUGCUCAGGGCUGUUUGGGGGGAAACCUGUCCUGGGCAGCGGGCUGCUGCUCUCCUCCCUGCUCACUCUCCUUGUGCCCCGAGCAGCAGAGCUCGGUGUGAGCUUCCUCAUCGGGAUGCAGGCACUGCUGGGCUUGGCUGAGGGAGUGAUAUUUCCAGCUCAGUACACACUCUGGGCAAAAUGGGCCCCUCCACUGGAACGCAGCAGGCUCAUGAACAUCGCUGAUGCUGGAUGCACUUUUGGGACUUUCUUUGCUCUCUUUGUGGCUGGGAUCAUCUGCCAGAGUCUGGGGUGGCCUUUUGUCUUCUACAUCUUUGGCAGCGUUGGCUGUGCCUGGUGCAUCUGCUGGUUUCUCCUCGUCUAUGAGGACCCUGCCCUUCACCCAUGGAUUAGUGACAGGGAGCAAGAGCACAUCGUGUCAUCGCUGUCUCACCAGGGCAGCUCUCAUGGCCGCUCCCUCCCGCUUGUGGCCAUGGCUAAAUCACUGCCUCUUUGGGCGAUCACCAUUGCCUGCUUCUGCACAGACUGGCUGUUCUACAUGCUGCUGACCUCCAUGCCCACAUUCAUGAGCAACAUCCUCCACUUUGACCUCAGAGAGAACGGGCUCCUCUCCUCGCUGCCAUACAUUGGGAAUGGGCUGGGGCACAUCCUGGCUGGGCUGCUGGCUGAUUUCCUCCUGGCCAGGCGAGUGCUUGGCACAGCAGCCGUCAGGAAGCUCUUCUCAGCACUCGGGAUGCUGCUCCCAGCUGCCUUCCUGGUGGCUGUGCCUUACAUUGGCUGCAGUUCCACAGUUGUUGUGGUCCUUCUGACACUGGCCUUGACAGUAAUCAGCAUGACAGGGUCAGGCGUCAAUAUUAACCACAUCGAUAUAGCACCCAGAUAUGCAGGGUUCCUGCUGGGAGUCACAAAUACCUUUGGCAUAGUCGCAGGAAUUAUUGCUCCUACUGCAGUUGGACUUCUUGUCAGCCAGGAUCUCCAGACUGGCUGGAGGAAUGCCUUCUUCAUAUCUGCAGCCCUCAACCUGUUUGGCCUGAUCUUCUACAUAGCCUUUGGCAGCGGGACCAUCCAAGACUGGGCUAGGGAGGACACUACUGCACAAUGA